UUCUUCGUGAAGUGUUUUAUGCGGUGUUUGUAUUCAAUUUUUCCAUUUGGAUGGUUAAAAUGAAUUGUUUACUUGUUUCAUUUUUUGUGUGUGCCGCAGUGAAAGCCGAACCCAUUAAUUUAAAUCGGCAGCCUGAUAUCGAUUUUACAGGAAAUUUAUACGGAAUCAAAUUUCUGAGCGAACAAAUAGAAAUAAACAAUCCUGAGGUAUUUUUGAAGAGAAUUGUAACUGCUAAAUGUCUAAUAAUACAUGCAAACAAUGCAACUGCUGAUGGUGAGCUGAUGGUGAAGAAUCCGCUCCAUUACACAGCACAAUAUGGCCUCAUCGAUGCAAUUAAAUGUCUAAUCGAACGUGGAUUGAGUGUAAAUUCUGAAGAUAGUCUGAAACGUUCUCCUCUGCACUAUGCUGCACGCUGGGGUCAUGCAGAAGUAAUUAAGUGUCUUAUAGAACAUGGAGCAAAUGUAAAUGCUAUAGAUAUCAAAAAAAGGACAGCGCUUCACUACGCCGCUCGAUGGGGCAACGUGAAAGAAAUCCAAUUGCUAAUCAAAAAUGGAGCAAAUGUAUUCGUUUAUAAUGACAAAGGAGAAACUCCAAUUGCUGUAGCAAUCGAAUAUGGUGAGAAUGAAGCUGCUGAAGUCUUGAGAAUUGAAGCUGAAUUGAAUGGUAAUAAAGAUCAGAACGACAAUGGAUUGUGGUCAAUUACUCGACUUUUGCUUGGAAUUUUUUGAAUUGAGUAUUAUAGAGUUAGAUUUCAAUUUCAUAAUUGUUGUGAAUGGAUGUUUAAUCCAUCAGGAUAAAACAAACUGAUUUUCAAUAAAACAAACCAGUUAGUAAUUGUCGACCAAG